UUGAAUCGAAGUCUGAGCUAGCAUGCAUCUUUCCAUCUUUUGAUGCUUAAAAGUUAAAACUGUGCAUUUCGAACAUUUAGCUCAUUCCGCUUUAUGUUUUGCUCUAAUGUGAUUCUCCAGUUUAUCCUUAUGAUGCUCAUCACUGCGCUCAGAAGGCUGAAGAGGAAGCUACCUUAAAGUUUAAGCUUUCUGGUUCAGAUGGGAUUGAGCAGACAACACAAGGUCGGCAAUGGCUUCUCGACGAGAUGGGUUUCAUUGUCUUGCAUUGCCAGCUUCUUCCUGGGUUUUCUUGUCGUCAACAGGUUCUGGGAUGGUGAUCACUCAGUUAAAAUAGUCAAGGAGACAUCAAUUAGGGAAACUUACCACUCAAGAGCUUUGCAUCCCUUGGUCAACUGUAACGAGGAGACAUCUGUUCAAGCAGGGGACAUCUUUUCUCAAGUUUCACAGACACGUGACGUUGUCAUGCAACUGGACAAAACAAUGUCCUCAUUAGAGAUGCAACUAGCUGCUGCCAGAGCUGCCAAAAAUAAGCACAAAGAAGAAUAUCCUAUUUUUGCAAGUUCAGAAGGAGAGCAAAUUAAGGAUGAGAGGAAAAUAUUCUUUGUUAUGGGAAUUAUUACUGCUUUUAGUGGCAGAAAGCGGAGGGACUCAAUCAGAAAAACAUGGAUGCCCCAAGGAAAGGAACUGAGUAAGCUGGAAAUAGAGAAGAAAAUUAUAAUCCGGUUUGUCAUUGGUCACAGCGCAACUCCAGGUGGUGUUUUAGAUCAGGCUAUUGACGAAGAAGAUGGUAAGCACAAGGAUUUCUUGCGACUGAGCCACAUGGAGGGAUACCACACAUUAUCCUCCAAAACUCAAGCAUUCUUUUCAACAGCUGUUGCUAAGUGGGAUGCUGAAUUCUACAUUAAAGUUGAUGAUGAUGUACAUGUAAAUCUAGGUGUGAUUGGGUCAAUGUUGGCACGCCAUAGGUCCAAACCACGUGUUUAUAUUGGUUGUAUGAAGUCUGGACUUGUCCUUGCAACUAAAGGCGUCAAGUACCAUGAACCUGAGCACUGGAAAUUUGGAGAAGAGGGAAACAAGUAUUUCAGGCAUGCAGCUGGGCAAAUAUACGUGAUCUCGAAAGAUUUAGCAACCUACAUUUCAGCUAAUGGGCAUAUACUUCACAAAUAUGCAAAUGAGGACGUCUCUCUUGGUUCAUGGUUCAUUGGUCUAGAUGUCGAGCAUAUCGAUGAGCGAAGCCUCUGCUGUGGGACUCCUGAUUGUGAAUGGAAGGCAGAAGCAGCAAAUCCAUGUGGUGCAUCAUUUGAUUGGAGCUGUAAUGGGAUCUGUAAAUCAGCAGAAAGAAUGGGGGAGGUACAUCAACUUUGUGGAGAAGGGGAUGCAGCUAUCUGGCAACUCAAGUUUUUUAAUUAAAAAACCCUAUUAUCAUCUGUUAUCAAUUAUGCCUUUUGUCCAUUUGGAUGAAAUAUGGUUUUGUGAUUUAGCCUCAUCCUAUUCCUAUGCCACAUUUUUGCUCCUAUGGAUUAAAAAAGAAAAAGAAAAGAAAAGAAAAGAAAAGAAUUGAU